UCCCGUUUGAUUCUCGCAAUGUUUGAUGUAAUUUUCAGAUCAACAAGACAAGGUGAUGAUGAUCGUCGUGUUGUUUUUCAUCAUCAUCUUAAUUGUACAUAGAGAACAACAAAACAGGGAUGAAGAAUAUGAGCGUAUCAGAAACUAUGUCCCGGAUAUUAUAAUACCAUCUAUGGAUUUAGUGCUUAAUCUGACGGAGACUCGUCGUAGUGUUAAAUGGGAUUUAGUGAUCAGGAUCCCUUCAGACCUUCCUGGUUACUAUACGUGUCUCAAAGGAUCUUUUCAGACUUUCAUACUUUACCAAGGUGUUAACAUCGCUAAUUCAUCAUUGAGUUACAAUCUGAUACCAAAUUGGCCUCAGCUGCUUAAUACGUCAUCGGUUGCUUUCGAAGGUGAUAUGGACAGUGUGGUUGUGAAAGACAUUAUGGAGGAUAUUAAGGAAAGAAGAGACAUGCGGUUCGGAACACAAUUGCUUUUUCCGGAUUGCAGAUCUGGAAGGACGAUGAACUAUACGUGUGAUGAAACCGCGUUGCGGUUCGAGCCUGGCUCUCAGAGGAAGGCAGCUACGUUUGAAAAAACCUCCCCUGUAUGCCACUAUAUUCGCCCUUAAUUAUUUUUUCAUCAAUAUUGCUUCCUCUUUUUUUUUUUUUAGUUUGCAGAUGUUGGACCUUCUUCUUUUGCGUUUCGAUAUAUGAAAUUGUAGCACAUCGGACAUCCAAUGUUACACAUUUACACUCUUUUACACUAUGUAAUAUCUUUCUUUUUUUGGACAAACAUUGGGUAAUUUUUGAUAUAA